AAUUGAGACAAUAACAGCUAUUUGAACAUUAGCGAUAUCAUGCAAAAAUCGAUAAGAAAAGUAUAAAUUAGAAAAUUAUGAGAUGCACAAAAAUUAGUCAUUCAUAAUUCUUAUGAUAAGGUGGCUUUUAGAGUAUUAUAGAUACUAAUUCAAAAUUAUGGAGUUCUAUUAAAACCUGUUCAAAUAAUGAGAAGAAAAUUACUAAAGACAACAGAUUAAAAUAUAUAAGAGGUGAAGAAAUCUUCUGAGUCAUAAGGCAAACGAAUAAGAAUUUUAAAUUUAUUUAAAACUCUCGAGAAUGAUUAUAAUACUCUAUCCGCUUAAAAUCAGCAAUUGACUUUUGAAAAUAAAAUAAAGGCAAUUAUAUAUUUUUAUAUAAGAGUUGGAUUUAGAAAUGUCAUAGGAUCGAUCUUAUAAAGACUUAUAUAAC